AUGAAUUUGAGCGCAGCCACCAGCAGUAUACAAUGCGAAGCAAGGAUUUUUGCGUCUAACACCACAGAGGCUCGUGCAGUAACUGUAUUCUUAAUAAUUAUGAAUAUAAUUACUGCCCCCGUUACAAGUUUAUUGAACGGACUUGUGAUAAUCGCCGUGAAAAGAAAACAUCGAUUGAAAACCAAGUCUAGUAUAGCACUUGCGUGCUUAGCGAUCACUGAUUGCUUCAUGGGCGUAAUUGGACAGCCUAUGUUUAUCGCCUUGAACAUAGUAGUUUUACAAGCCGAGUUGUCUUAUACAUACUGCCUUAUAAAGCAACUAUCGCUCGCCGUUCUCACGGUAUUAGGCAGGGCGACGAACUUGCACCUAGCCCUGAUGUACAUAGACAGGUAUAUUGCCAUAAAGCACCCGUACAGGUAUACAAAUAUGGUCACAGCAACACGCAUUCUCUGUUCUUCCGCUUUUGUGUGGAUUGUGGCACUGCUCUCGACAGCAACUUCAUUCUUACCUAAAAAAUUACUUGCAAGCCAGUUAAGUAAUGUUAACGCGGUCAUUAUGUCGUCAGGUGUAGCCAUUAUUAUUUUCUGUCAAGUCGUGCUUUACUAUGAAACUCGCCGUCACGAAAAACAAAUCACUGCCAACCAAGUUUCAGAAGACAACAAGAGAAAAUUCUUAACGGAGAAGAAAGCGCUUAAGCUCACCACGACAGUUCUUUUCGUCUUGGUACUGACUUAUUUGCCUUUGAUGCUUGUUUUUAUACUUUAUAGAAUCUCCUUCAUAGCGUCGUUAAAUGCAGUACGUAUUGGUANUUCCGCUUUUGUGUGGAUUGUGGCACUGCUCUCGACAGCAACUUCAUUCUUACCUAAAAAAUUACUUGCAAGCCAGUUAAGUAAUGUUAACGCGGUCAUUAUGUCGUCAGGUGUAGCCAUUAUUAUUUUCUGUCAAGUCGUGCUUUACUAUGAAACUCGCCGUCACGAAAAACAAAUCACUGCCAACCAAGUUUCAGAAGACAACAAGAGAAAAUUCUUAACGGAGAAGAAAGCGCUUAAGCUCACCACGACAGUUCUUUUCGUCUUGGUACUGACUUAUUUGCCUUUGAUGCUUGUUUUUAUACUUUAUAGAAUCUCCUUCAUAGCGUCGUUAAAUGCAGUACGUAUUGGUACUGUAAUAGGAACCUUUCUAAUACUACUUAAUUCGCUUAUAAACCCAGUUAUUUACUGUAUUAGAAGAAGACAAUUUCGGAUAGCUUUCGUUGAAAUACUCUUCAGAAAAAGUUAUGUACAGGCAAGCCGA